AUGUCUUCAAACACGAACCAACCGCUUGUCACCCUCCAUUGGAUCCAGGGACACGCCACCCGCUGGAAAACUUUCGUCGCCAACCGGGUAGCUCAUAUCCAGACACAGCUCCCGGACGCUCUGUGGAAGCACGUAGCCGGGAAAGACAAUCCUGCAGAUUGCGCAUCAAGAGGAAUUACUCCUGAUGAAUUAAUCAACCACGCGUUAUGGUGGACAGGACCUGCCUGGUUAGCACUGGACGAAACGGCGUGGCCCAACUCAGAGGUCGACAUCUCAGAGCUGCCGACAUCACACGACCUGCCAGAACAACGCACCACCAGCCUGAUAACCAGGAGUUCCGUCAUCAUCGAACCGGACCUCCUGCUUUGGUUCUCCGCACUCCAUCAGCUACUGCACGUUACGGCUUGGUGUCGUCGGUGGCUCAAUCUGGCAAGCCGGGAGGUCACAUCUGGUCGCCCGCUGCAUCCUGACGAGCUAGACGCCGCUCUACUUCAGUGGCUUCGAGUGGUGCAGGCGCUCCACUUCCCUGACGAGGUAGCUGCUGCCACCGCAGGACGGCCUGGUCCACCACGCAGUUCACUGGUCGAGCUGAACCCAUUCCUCGACGACCAAGGUGUGCUUCGCGUCGGAGGACGCCUCAAGCACGCUCUGCUGCCCUACGACGAAAAGCACCCGGUGAUCGUCCCGCCGGCCUCCUGGAUGACGCGACUGCUAAUCGAGUCCUGCCAUCGUCGGUCUCUGCAUGGCGGCGUCCAAAUGACUCAGCUUACUUCGCCUUCGAUUCUGGGUGCCACGUGGAAGGACCGUCGUCAAGCAGCAGUUGCAUCGGUGCGUCACUUGCUUCGCUAG